CCUGAAAGGAAAUUACGUCUUUUCGGAGGAGUGGAGAUCAGUACCUCAGCACCGCAGUAAAGGCGUCUCUCCGGCAUCAUGUCGCACCUGCCGAUGAAACUUCUGCGUAAGAAGAUUGAGAAGCGGAACCUCAAAUUGAGGCAGCGAAACCUAAAGUUACAAAGGGCCUCAGAUGUGAGCCUAUCAGAAACUCAAAAUGGUGACGUGCCUGAAGAAACACUGAAAGUCAGAAAAGUUAAAAAAUCCCUGAAGCGUUCUGUGACUGUGGGCUUUCCAGAAGUGCAAAAUGGAGAUAUGUCUGAAGAAAAAGUGGAAAAUAUGAAAGUUAAAAAAUCCCUGAAGCAUUCUGUGAAUGUGGGCUUGUCAGAAGCACAAAAUGGAGAUAAGUCUGAAGAAAUAGUAGAAAAUGUAAAAGUUAAAAAAUCCCCCCAGAAAUCUACCAUAUUAACCAAUGGAGAAGCAACAACACAGUCCCCCAAUUCAGAAACAAAAAAGAAAAAGAAGAAGAAAAAGAGAAAAAUGGUGAAUGAUGCUGGACCUGAUGCAAAAAAAGUAAAAGUUGAAGAAGGCACUGAAGCUCAUGAAGAAACAGAAAACAGUGUGGAAAAGCCAGUUGAUGAGGAAGAAGACAGUGAAAUACCCAGCCUGCCCCUGGGACUGACAGGAGCUUUUGAGGAUACUUCAUUUGCUUCUCUAACUAAUCUUGUCAAUGAAAACACUCUGAAGGCAAUAAAAGAAAUGGGCUUCACGAACAUGACUGAAAUUCAACAUAAAAGUAUUAGGCCACUUCUGGAAGGCAGGGAUCUUUUAGCAGCUGCAAAAACGGGAAGUGGUAAAACCCUCGCAUUUCUCAUCCCUGUGAUUGAACUCAUUGUUAAGUUAAAGUUCAUGCCCAGGAAUGGAACAGGAGCCCUUAUUCUCUCACCUACUAGAGAGUUGGCCAUGCAGACUUUCGGUGUUCUUAAGGAGCUGAUGACUCACCACGUUCACACAUAUGGGUUGAUCAUGGGUGGCAGUAACAGAUCUGCUGAAGCACAGAAACUUGCUAAUGGUAUCAACAUCAUUGUGGCAACACCAGGCCGGCUCCUGGACCAUAUGCAGAAUACCCCAGGUUUUAUGUAUAAAAACCUACAAUGUCUGGUUAUCGAUGAGGCUGAUCGUAUCUUAGAUGUUGGGUUUGAAGAAGAAUUAAAGCAAAUUAUUAAACUUCUGCCAACACGCAGACAGACCAUGCUCUUUUCUGCCACACAAACUCGGAAAGUUGAAGACCUGGCAAGGAUUUCUUUGAAAAAAGAACCAUUGUAUGUUGGUGUUGAUGAUGAUAAAGCUAAUGCAACAGUGGAUGGUCUUGAGCAGGGAUAUGUUGUUUGUCCCUCUGAAAAGAGAUUUCUUCUGCUCUUUACCUUCCUUAAGAAGAAUCGAAAGAAGAAACUCAUGGUCUUCUUUUCAUCUUGUAAGUCUGUAAAAUACCACUACGAGUUGCUGAACUACAUCGAUUUACCUGUCUUGGCCAUUCAUGGAAGGCAGAAGCAAAAUAAGCGUACCACCACAUUCUUCCAGUUCUGCAAUGCAGAUUCAGGGAUAUUAUUGUGUACAGAUGUGGCAGCAAGAGGGUUGGAUAUUCCUGAAGUUGACUGGAUUGUUCAGUAUGACCCUCCAGAUGACCCUAAGGAAUAUAUUCAUCGUGUGGGUAGAACAGCCAGAGGUCUAAAUGGAAGAGGGCAUGCCUUGCUCAUUUUGCGCCCAGAAGAAUUGGGUUUCCUUCGUUACUUGAAACAAUCCAAGGUUCCAUUAAAUGAAUUUGACUUUUCCUGGUCCAAAAUUUCUGACAUUCAGUCUCAGCUUGAAAAAUUGAUUGAAAAGAACUACUUUCUUCAUAAGUCAGCUCAGGAAGCAUACAAGUCCUACAUACGAGCAUAUGAUUCUCAUUCUCUGAAACAGAUCUUUGAUGUUAAUAACUUAAAUUUGCCUCAGGUUGCCCUGUCAUUUGGUUUCAAGGUGCCUCCUUUUGUUGAUCUGAAUGUGAACAGCAGUGAGGGCAAGCGUAAAAAGAGAGGUGGCGGCGGUGGAUUUGGCUAUCAGAAAACCAAGAAAGUUGAGAAGUCCAGAAUCUUCAAAAAUAUUAGCAAGAAAUCAACGGACAGCCGGCAGUUCUCUCACUAAGAUAGUUUCCUUUCAUCUUGAGUAACUUUGUUCUGAAAGUUUUUUUCUUUCUCUAACAAAGGAAUUUUUGUAGCCUUAGAUUCUUUUUGAGCUCUACUGUGAUAAAAUUGUAUUUUAAUUUUAAGUACCACACAAAAAUAAUUAUAUAAUUGUUUUAAUAUAAUUCUUGUACUUUUUGGUAUGUGAAGAUUUUUAUUGUAUGGAUUGCUAUGCUUGGUUGCUAUAGAAAGGAACUUUAGUAUGCUGAUCCAGUGGUAGUGAUAUGGAAAGUAGUUUGGGUUUAUUUUUUAGUUUUGUUUCUUGAACUUUAACCAUAUUUUGGAACCCCUUCUGAAAAUGUUGACCAUGUUCAGCAGAUACCUAAGAAACACUUUAGGUAAAAACAUUGCUUUUAUAUAUUCCCAAUUUUAAAAUGAUGAGCCUUUCUCCAGUUGUUAUUUGCCAUUAUUACUUGAAUGAAGUGCCCCUAAGCAAUCUUCUCAUUGUGGAGAGAGGGAGAAAAUUGAGAUUGUGAACCUCACAGCAGUAGAAAUGUAAUAUUCUGUUCUUUCAUUUCGUAACUUAGCUAAGGCCUUUUUUAAAAAAUAAAUAAAUAAAUAAAGGUAAUCCUCAUUUCAAUUUAUUGCAAGGUGAUUUGGAGUUUAAUAAGCCCUUCCAACUCUGCAGAGAACUUAGAAGAUAAGGCCAACUAUCAAUAGAUUCAAAACCAAGUCAUGAGACAUAACCCAGCAUACAUUGUUAGUUUCUUUGUGAGGAAAAAAUUACCUCUUCCAGAUCCUUGAAAGAAAAGAUACAUUUGCACUGAAAACUGAAAAUGAACUGAGAUCAGAAAAAAUAGCAAUCAGCAAUUUAGUAAGUUGGGAUAUUUGUCAUAGGAACACUUCAUUUCUAGUGUUUUGUGUAGUACAUAACUACAAAGUAGUUACAUUUUAUAGCAAUUCAAAACCAAAGUUGCUAGCAGCCUUCUGCUGUUGCGCCAGUUAAUAUUCAUAGUCUCAUUAAAUGUAAUUAUGCAGAGAAUAUCAAGUGGAGAAGAAACGGUUAGAUAAACAACAUUACAGUAGGAAAAGGAAAGAACAAUGUUCCGCCUCUAGGCUUGGCUACUGUCACCCUGGCUGGAUCUCUUGUGUUUCAGACCUUGACUGCUGGGCUUCUGACUGGCUUCUUAGAUUCCUAACUCCUACCAUUUAGUAACUUUCAUUCCUCAGUGCCAUUUGUUUGUUCAUUUCAGAAAUAAUUAUGUUUAAAAAAAUACAAAAGCGAAGGGAAGAAUAUUUAAUCACUGGACAGAAAUUAUAAUGUUGAUACUUUCAUAUGUAACAUUCCAGGUUUUGUAUGCAUGUUCAUACAUUUUAAUAUUUUAUCAAGUAAAGUCAUCCUCUGCCUACUACUUGUAACCAACUUGUUUCAGAACGUGUUAUUUUCCUGUAUCAUUAAAUAAUUCCCCCGUAUUUUUAUAAUU